AUGGCUUCCGCACCACAGAUCCCACCCAUCCUUUCCUCGCCAAUCUUCCAGGCGACAGACUACGCUCUCGAUACCAUUAUGGCCGCCGAUUUCGAAAAGCAGAGUUACUGGCACGAGCGCUUCGCGUCCGAAAAGGCCUUUGAAUGGCUUCUCCCCUCGGCAGAGUUCACCUCGUUAAUCGAGCCCGCUCUCAACCGGCUCGAUCCGGACACGGCCCGUAUCCUCCACAUCGGCUUCGGAACAAGUGACCUUCAGAAUCAUUUCCGGUCCCGGGGCUUCCGUCAUGUUUUAAACGUCGACUACGAGCCCCUCGCCAUUGAUCGCGGUCGCGACCUCGAGAAACAGGCUUUCGGCGAUGUUCAGAUGGAUUACGAUGUUCAAGACGCGACUCAGCUGGACCUGAGCCAGAAGUUUGAUCUUGUCGUUGAUAAAAGUACCGUUGAUGCCAUCUCAUGCGGAGGCUCAACGGCGCUGCGCCGUAUGGCUGCUGGUGUCAAAGGUUGUCUCGCAGAAGGUGGUGUAUGGGUGUCGUUAAGCUUCUCUGCAUACCGGUUCAACCUUGAUGAUCUACCAUUCGACGUUGAAGUGCUUGCCCAAGUCCUCACUCCCAAACUAUCGCCAAAUGAUCCAGAUAUUUAUUACUGGUGUUACCUACUACGGCCGAAACACGACACGCCAUUCGAAUCGCCGCAGUAUAUAAACGAUAAUCCUCUUGAACAAGGCUAA